CCGAAUUACUAAUGUGAGCUGUGCGCUGCGAGCGGCGGAUUGCGGCGGAUUCAAUCGUCGGUUGACCGUCGCCACGUGUGGACGAUAAACGUGCGUUGAGGAUUCGAGAGUCAGGGAUUAAGAGCGUGUGCUGUGAUCCCGGUGUACGCGCGUCCCUUCUAAACAGCGGAAACGGCGCGGUGCACGACGCUCUCGUUUCCCCGACUAUCGUCGGUCGAGAUCCGUUACGAGGCGAGUUCGAGAGUGUGUGUACGCGCGACUUCACGCGGUGAGCACGUGCACGCGGGGAGCCGAUCCGAUCUCUGCGUGUAGAACGAUCCGAAUUUCAUGCCGCGUUCGACCACGCGGCCGAUGAUUCUGUUCGCAUCCUGAGAUGUGCGUUGUCACACCGCGUGGCAGCAGUGCGAUACUCCACGUUCCGUGGCGUUAACGGAAACAAGCGCGCCCGGGCGCGCGCGCGCGCUCGCGUCCCUGCGAUCGCGAUCGAACAUCUCGGUCGUGAGUGAGAGGGAGGGAGAGAGAGAGAGAGAGAAAAGGAAGACAAAGGCACUCUCUCGUGACGCUAUCAGUGUGUGCGCUCAAAAUUCCGGGAUCCGUCUGGAUUUUGUGCUCAACGGUUUUUGGAGCUUCCUUUUGUUGUUAUUGUUGGUUGUUGUGUGUGAGAUCGUCGACGGAGUCCCUUCUGGCACAGCAACGGCCAUGACCGCGGACAGCCUGUUCGAGACUACCAGCAUCCCGGGGCAUCUCGCUCCCACGCCCGAGAGACUGGAGAGACUUCUCUCGAAACAAACCCUCGAGGAGCUCUACGAGGUCGAGGAACAGCCUUUCGCACGAGGUAAAUACGCAACGGUGAGGAGAUGCCGCGAGAGAUCCAGUGGCAGGCAGUGGGCUGCCAAGUUUCUGAGGAAGCGACGACGGGCUCAGGAGCUCAGAGCGGAAGCACUUCACGAGGUCGCCGUACUGGAUGCCGCGGCCCAUUGUUCUCGUCUCGUCUCCCUUCAUCAGGUCUUUGAAACCAACACCGAGAUGGUGCUUGUCCUCGAGCUGGCUCCUGGCGGCGAGUUACAAAUGAUACUCGAUCGGGACGAAGUUCCAGAAGAGCGACAGGUUGCCAGAUUGCUGAAGCAGAUUUUGGACGGGAUAGCCUUUCUGCAUUCCCUGAACGUGGCUCACCUCGACAUCAAGCCACAGAACUUGGUACUUACUGGAGAAUUCCCGGACUGCGACGUAAAGCUAUGCGACUUCGGCAUAUCGCGGUACAUCAGUCACGGAGCGGACAUACGAGAGAUUUUGGGCACGCCCGACUAUGUCGCUCCGGAGGUUCUGAAUUACGAACCGAUCAGCCUGGCGACCGACAUGUGGUCCGUUGGCGUGCUGCUCUACGUGCUGCUAACGGGAUGCUCGCCGUUCGGUGGAGACACCAAGCAAGAGACCUUCUGCAACAUCAGCCGCUGCCGCCUGGACUUUCCGGACGAUCUCUUCGAGGAUGUCUCCGAGGAGGCGCGUGAUCUCAUGCGCAAACUCAUGGUUAAAGAUCCGAACGAACGUCUGACGGUGACCGAGUGCCUCCAGCAUCCCUGGUUCAGCAUGUUCGAGCAGCCACUGGCUCCCUUGACGACGUGCCCCUCGUCGGACGACAGCCCCGCGGCCGUCCUCGACUCCCCGACGACGCCUCCGCAGGAAGACAGUAUCUCGUCGAAAUUGCCGAUCGUCAAUCAGGUCUCGUCCACGCCGAUAAAGAGCGACGGCAAGAAGCAGCAACGGUCGUCCACGACCGGUCUGUGCCAUGGCGCGGAGAUUUCGAAACCGGCAGCCGCGACGGCGGGCACUCGCGCCGUCUCCUCCCACACGGAAAACCUCUACUCGGCCUCGAGAUCAUUGUCCAAGCCCAAGAUUAGAUUCGGACUAAGCCCAGACCGCAGGGACACCUUCAAGAGGAACAUGGACUCGCUGGCGCGAAAGUUUUCCGGCAGCAUCGUGCCAGAGAUUGUAAUCAUCGAACCAUCACCGUCGAACGGCGGCGGCGUUCAGCAACGUCGCGCCACUGCCACGCACACGAUGCCAGCCGGCGGCGGCGAGGUGUUCAAAUGCACGCCGGUCUUUAUCCUCGGCGAGGCCGAGCAACAGUGCAGCGACAGCGGUAGUGACACCGUGUCCGAGAUUUCGACUGAUAGUUCGAGCGAUCGCAGCAGCAUCUACUCGGAUGACUCUCUCGACUUUAUUUUGUACGGUAAAAGUCAAGGUAGAGCGAGCUAUCCGUUCACCGCCGCCGACGCGACCGCUGACAGGUGGGAACAGAGGUAUCAUCAACAUCAUCAUCAUCAUCGCGCCGCUAGGGUGUGGCCGCGCGAGUGUAGCGGCGUCGUCAGCAAGGCGCUCAGUCGCUUCAGCACGUCGGAGAUCUCGUCCGGCGUGACCAAGAUCACCAAGAUCUCGAUGACGACGCCGGCGACGGUGUUGCGCAGCGGCAGUGGUAGCGACGGCGGCAGCAGUAGCAACAGCAGCAGCAGCAGCAGCAGCAGCAAUAGUAAAACCGGUCUCGAGGCGCUUCGUGAGCGAGGCGGCAACUUAGUGAUUAUUAGGGAACCCGUACGUGCUGGCAGGUAUACCAGGUAUAGCGAAGUACAAUGCGAGUCGGUGCAGGCACGGAUUCGGCGAUUCCAGGUGCACGAGGCCUCGUAAGAUCGUGCCGUUCAGCUGUGCGCCGGUAGGUGUAUCAGCGUCGUUGAAUUACAUUCGCUCGCGCAGACGGACGGCUUUCUGGCGGCCUCCUCAAGGAGCUGUCGGGAGCUCGGGGGGAGAUUGAGAGCUCGAGGCGAUUGUACAUAUCGUGAAAUAUCUUGUGUACAGUGACGCGAAGAGUAGGCGGGAGGUUUUGAGCAACGAGAUGGGAUACCCGAGGGAUAUGCGAAUGACGGAUAGAAUGGAGCGAGAUAAGGGUGAAGUUCCUCGAGAUUUGUGAAGGCUGUGACGUCAGAGAAUAUUCUAAAGAAGGUUCAGGAUCGCGCCUCUUUCUAUAAGAGUGUAGGAGUAUGAGCUUUAUGAAAAAUACUUCUGAAUUUCUUCGAUUCUUGCGAUAGAGUAGCAAAGCGACGUUAACAACAUCAUGCGACAAUUGUAGGUAGAGAAAAAAGGAAUUAUUUCUGAAUUUAUUUUUUUUCGUGAAGCGCAUAAUGCUGUGAUAGCGUUAGAAAAAUGUGAAACAUAUGAUAACAUUAGAGGAAUGCGGUGUGUUUUUACUUCCUCUUUUGCUGAAACUUGAUGUGUAACGUAAAGGUGAAAACAUCAACUUGAUCAAGAGGUUUCGCGAAGCGGCAUUUUGUAACUCGAUUGCGACGAUACUGUAAUAUUAAGCAGUAUUUCGCAACGAUAAAACAAAAAGUUGCGAAGCAACCUUGUAUCAGGCCUGAUCUCCAGAAUCCUCGAGCAGCCUUACGAAGCUCCUGUCCCGACUUUCGCCGCAUUUCUCGGGAACCCGAGACCAAUUGUGCAAAGAGCGGGCGCACGACUACGCGAAUCGAGCAACGUAGUUGUGAGCGAAAGCCUGCGUCGCGCGCGGAAUCCUACCCGUGUGUGACGCCUAUCUACAUAUACGCGUGCCUUCACGAAGGUGCCGAUGAGAGAUCGUAGCUUGUAUCAUAUCAAAGCGAAUAAACGACUGUUGUAAAUACGAAUGAAAGAGCAUGUGAAUACCAUAAAUACAUAUAUCUAUAUAUAUAUAUAUAUAUGCGUGCGUGCGUGUAUGCAUUGACUCUUCGUGGAAGCAAGCGGCUUCGAAGAGGGUGGUCUUGAUGUACAUAAUCGAGAGAAAUCAGAGAAGGUACGAGCGCGCGCGAAUAGGAGAACAAGUCGCGAGUGUGCGUGGCUUGCGAGAAGGUGCCUGCGGUUGCGGUUGCGACCCACCGAUUACAGGGGUGGUCUCGCGCCGAGGUGGCGACGUCGGAGAUCCGAAGGAAAGGUCGUCGCGCGACAACGCUAGAUUCCGAUGAAACGCAUUGCGUUUCAGACGGGGGAGGGCAAUCGGGUCAUCGUAAGUUGAUGACGAUUCUUCGAUAAUUCCGACAGAUCCCGCUGUCGCUACCUACGCGAGAUGUGAGUAGGAGGAGAACACGUUCGAAAUUAAGAAGAUAACACUUCUUGAACUACCGUUAUCGACAGACUGAUCGACCGUCCUUUCGAGCUGAGGGAAACUCGAGCUGCAUGCACCGAACGACGUUGCGCGUUACACGUUCAUCGGAAAUGACGUUGCGAGAGGUCUAACUUUUGAAGCAUGAUUUUUGUCAUGUUUGUUACGAGACAAUUUUAUGAAUUAGGAAUCUUCGUCUUAAUGAGAUCUGUAUUUUUUUAAUGGUCUAUCAGCCCGACUUGACAUUUAUUUUACAAGAAUUUUUUUAAAUUUAUUUAGACAAAUAUACGCUAUUUAUCGAUAAAGAAUUUAUAAUGAUACACGAUCUCCGCGUAUUAUUAACAAAUUCUUAUCCCUUAAGAACAAAAAUGUUUUCCUCGUUAGAGCACUAUAUAGAAAUUAUUAAAUAUACUAAUAAUAUUGGAAUAUAUAGUUAUCGACGUUGAUCGAUGAUAUUAUCACUGAAAAAUACAUAAAUACAUUGAUUUUAAAGUCAUCUAAAUUGUCUUGUAACAAAUGGAUAAUUUUAUGUAUCAAUAAUAAAUUGAUAAAAGUUACACCUUAUUGUCAAUCCCGCAUUUAUCUCGAGAUUCAAGCAACCAAUUUUCGACGAAAAUUGGUCGCAAAGAAAAAAAACACUGCAAUGCCAGUAAUCGCCAACAACGGUGUAUCUCGAUGCAUCGCACGGGGUUCCGUCGGGAUGAAUUGCCAUAUCAAUCGGUCGUCUGGUUUAACGACAACCGAUAAUGACAAUCCAGAUAAAUACACAUUUCGGUGCCUUCCUUAAGGAAAAUCACGACGCGUGUGCGCUAAUACGGCGUACGUCGCCAGUGCCUACAUUUUUGCUUGUCUGGUAAAAUUUUACGAGUCACACGAGACUGUGAUGCACGACAGAAAGAGAAUGUACUUCUGAAGUGUGAAGAAGAGUGCCUUAAUUGCGCGUGGCUUCGCGAGAGAUGAAAAUUGAGAGCCUAGAUAAAGCCUUCUAGGCCUAAUCUCUAAUUCUGAUUAGCUCGGCCUCCGUGAAGGAGAUGAACAAUGCGGGGUCGAGUACUUCCAGAUGUCAGUGAACUCGUUGUACGAACCACCAAAAACUUUCGGCUCACGUCGCACGUUCGAAGAAAAGACGACUUUUUUUUAUUGGCCGAAUAAAUUACGUAUAUACGUAUAUACGUUUCCUUUGAUAUUAUUAAAUAUUUCUGUUGAGCGUGCUAUUAAAUGUAUUUCAUGAAUGAGCGCAUCCCCUUUUCUUCCGUUACUUCAAAAUUGUUCGUUGUUUGAGGAAGAAAAAAAAGGAGAGAGAGAAGAUGAUGUGGUCGACCUCGUCUGCUCUCCUCGGGGUUCUCGUAGACGCGCAAAUCGAAAUUGUACAUAUGCAAACUUAUUUAUUCACGGAAUUCAUCAUCGGGCGCAAAUUGAAACGCGCGGGUUGCUCGCUCGCUUGCUCGCCUGCAUAGCGCAACGAAUGCUAGUCAUAAACACGUUCCUCUUUCUCACGCUCGCUCCCCCUUUUUUCGCGCUUAUAAUUUUCGUUUAUUUCGCCGCGGACGGACACACACUCGUUGGCGAGACGCUAACGAGCGACCUGUGUCUUCGCCAUGCGAGACGAGAAAGAAAGAAGAGCGGACGAGAGAGCGCUGCAAAAAUGACGGACUUGGUCGGCGGGUCUCGGCUUUCGAGCGGCACGAGAGACUCGUCCAACCGUGAAUCUUCUACAUCUCUUCGCACGGAAUAUGCGAGGACGUGGAAUUUCUCCAGAAAAUAACUAGUGUUUUAACGCGACGUAAUUUUAACGGCACUCCCGAAUUUUUUUUCCGUAUUGCAUGCGAGAGCGAUUGAUAUUGCACGGUUUUUGGUGGUUCUCUUCGAGAGUAAAGGGCGAGCGCACUUUUUGAUAUGUUGACUAUUUCGAGAACUUGUAUCCCGUUUAGACUAAAUAAAAAUGUCUUACUCCCUUGAAGUAUCUCGCGACGCGAAAAUCUUGUAAUGUUUAGUUUUCUCUUCGACGGCUGCUUCGAUCGUCAUUCAUGCGCGGAAUCGAGCCGAAGCAAAACUUUCGGGGGUACAUUUUCGACCUUGUGAACUGAGCGAUUGUUUGCCCGAUUAUUCGAUCUUUUAAAUCACGGUGGUCUUGUGAUUGAUGCGAAAAUCACCGAAGGUUCGCGAGCAUCAUCGGACACGUAAGGUACACAGCAGACGCGGAUAGAUCGCGUACACGCACAAUUUCAACGCGUGCAUUUCCUCUCGAGAUGCAUGUGUGCGCGUGUGUGUGUGCCAAGGGAUGUGACCCCUGGUUCAGGAUGCGUCUCCGAGAAUCAAAGAGCGGAAUAAAAUUGUAAAAUAUAAUUUUGCUACGACGGGCGAGGGCGGCGCGAUUCGGGAGGGUUGGCUUCUACUCGCGACUGAAUUUGCGGUUAUUUAUUUGCUUCUUUGUGAUAUAUGUCAUUAGUCAGAAUUAAUCAGUUUUCGCUUCAUUUCUUCGUGUUAAUUGAAAUCCGCGAAAAAACGCGUCGACUCUCGCCUACCGUGCGACUCGAAUGCGCCGCACUGCCCGAUAUAUUCUCUAUUAUUAUUAUUAUUAUUAUUAUUAUUAUUAUUAUAUUAUAUUCAAUAGAAUUAUUAUAUAUUAUAUUAUAUUAUGCUAUUAUAUUAUUAUACCAUUAAUAAUUAAUCGCAAAGAUUGCGAUUGCGCAUGUAGCUGCUAGAAACCUCCUGUAAAUACUUCUGUCAUUGUAUUAAUUUUAAUUAUACCGUACGAAAUAAACGCAACAGAUACGUUCAAAA